UCGGAUUGCCCGGUAAACAGUUUGAAAUUAAAUCAAUAACGGUUGUAACCACCAAGCUUUUUUAGUAUUGUCGCACAAUAUACUCUUUCGUCGUCAAAAUGCCAAGAACCAAACGCAGUAGGACGACAGGCAACGCGACGAAGGACCGUGAUGCGGCGGUAAAGACCUUUGAGAAACACGUGCAGCUCCGUAUCUCCAAAAUGGAACGUGACCAGCAAGUGGUUCUUAAAGGUUUCGAGGCUUUUAUUGAGGUUAUCGUAUCCAGCCUACUACCAGAAAUUUUUCAAAUGACAUUAGGCGAGUUAAUCGACUGGCAAGAUCAAAAGGACAAUGAUCAAAAAGAGAACCGCGAUGACGAAGUGAGCUCGUCAGUCAAGAGUCAGAUGCAGCCACCCACUACUACCCGUAAACGGAAAAAUACGAGCAAGACUGUCAAACGUGCCAUCACCGCUGUGUCUGACGACGGAUACGCGACCGGCAGUACCAGUAUGGGCAGCACGUCGCGAAUUACCAAAGCACAGAUUCGACCAACAUCAAUGAUGAGGACGCGUAGUUCCACCAGAUUGGAUAACUUUCAAACACCAGCAAUGUUGAAGUCUAUGGCUAACAUAUAUGAUGUGGUUACGCCAAAAGUCAAGCCUAAUACACCGUUGAAUGUGUUGAGACGUCCACGUCAAGGAGAAAUGGUUCUCAGCAUGCAGGGCAGUCCGCUAUUAGUCUCUGCGGUUAUUGAUGAAAAAACUGCUAAUAUUAACGUACCUUUGGCUAAUGGUAAUGUGAUGUCCUUGUUGCCUAAGGAGGGAUUACGGAUGUCGAAUAUUCCUCCAUUGGACCCUGAAAUGAUGCAUCAAUUAGAGACUCUUAAAAAUCAUAUUGAGAAAGUUAUCUCAUUCAAGUAGUAAUAGCCCACAUAAAUAGGAAAUACUUAAAAGUAUAAAAAAUAGUAUAUAUAUAUAUAUCAUAAAAUAACUUUAUACUUUUACAUAUUUAUA